AUGCAGCAGCUGCGGCUCAUGCCCUUCCUUCUCCCCUUUCGCCUCCUUCUCAACACGUUGAUUAUGCUCCUUAUGAUCCUUAUGCUCCCUGUGCUCCCUCCCGGCCCUAGGCACCCCAUCCCGCCCCUCCUUAACCCCUCUUCUCUUCCCAACAGGAUGCCGAUGCUCCCUCUGUUCCCUCUGCGUCAACCCCACCGCCGUGGGACCCAUGCUCUCUCUGCUCUCUCCCAACCGCCCUCCUUCUCCCCAGCAGGCGAGGAGAAAACCGACGGGGAGUGCGACCCCAGCGGCGGCGUCAGCGCAUUUCCCUCAUGCCAACGCUCGCUCUCCCCCCGUUUGUCUCUCCCGCGCUCCUCCUUCCUCUCCUCCUUCCUCUCCCUCUCUCUGUCCCUCUCCCACGAGCCAGGAGACGUAAAGGAGGAGGAGGAGGAGGAGGAGGAGGAGGAGGAGGAGGAGGAGGAGGAGGAGGAGGAGGAGGAGGAGGAGGAGGAGGAGGAGGAGGAGGAGGAGGAGGAGGAGGAGGAGGAGGAGGAGGAGGAGGAGGAGGAGGAGGAUGAUGCAAGCGGAGAUGGAGACGGGAGUGGGAAGGAGACAGGUAGACAAGUCAGCCUGAGCAGGACACCAUGGCGCAAAACGUGUGACAAUGAUCAGAAAACGACGCUGAUACUGAGAGGCUGA